CCGGGUGGCAAGUUCCAAAUUCCAAUCUGCCUUCUUCUUCUUUCUUUUUCGAAGAUUCCAAAUCAAUUUUGUGUUUUCAUUCAUCUUUUUGGAUGAUCAAACCUUGAAAGGUACCCCACUUGUUAUCUUUCCCUCUACGAUUUCUCUGACCAAAAUUCCCUUUUGAGCUUUAUUUUUGGUUGAUCUUUGUCACUAAGAUUCGAACUCUUUUUUUUAUCUGAGCUAUCAAAUUCUAACAUCGUUUGUUCCUCUCUGCAUCUUUUGCUCUGUUCGUUAAAUAUACAAUCUUUUGCGCCUGUAUCCAAUCAGCAAAAGAUUAUUCCUGUCUCUUUCACUCUGCCUCUGUUAUUGCUUUGUUUUCUAUAUACAUCUUAGCUUGUUGGAUAUAUAUUUCAUCAAGGUCCAAUAUAUGGACAUCAAAAUUGUCCUCGGAAGGGAUGCAUCUGACAUGCUCUGUAAUAGUAUUGUUAAUUACUGUUCAUGAGCGAUUAUUCAUUCAAUUAUCAUCAUAAAGAACCAAAUUAGUGUUUGUUAAUGGAUAAUUACGGUUCAUCGUCGUCGUCAUCAUCAUCUUCAUACCCAAACCACAAUCCCUAUGCAUACCCUCCUCCUCCAUACCCACCACCAAGUCCAGAUCCAUAUCAUCCCCCUCCUUAUCCCUACCCAUAUGAUUCCGCUCAUUCUUACCCUUAUGCAUACCCGCCGCCGGAUUCGACCUCCCAUUCUGGCCCUUUAGACCAUCAUCACCAUCCUCCUCCGCCUCCUCCCCAUCCAUACCCAUAUCCACAUGCUCCAAUUUCCGAGAGUGCUCCUCAUCUAACCCUUCAAGACCAUAGUAGUUUUCAAUAUGGCUCUUCUCCUUACCAUUAUCAACAAUCCGGCCCAUACCCAUCUCCCGAAAUCCCACUUCAAGUCCCUUCUCGUGCCGAUAGCUUCUCCAACUAUCACCAGCAGCAUAGUUCAAGUUCUAUAGGAAUUGGAUCAUCCGUUAAUGUGGAUGGUGUUAAUUAUUCCACUGUUUCUCACACUUCUGCUUACGCACCUUUGGAUAAUCUUUUGAGCAAUGUGCAUUUGUAUGAUAAUCACCCUACUGCCCCGGCUUCACCCCCUGCUCCUUCAGUGCCACCAUUGACGAGUGCCCCUUCUAGUACGAGGUACGAUAGGCCUGGGGACUUUUAUGGCUAUCCUGGUCACUCGUUUUCGAGUACUUCGGACGGUUCUUAUUCAAGUCAGAUUGAUUCAUCUGAACAUUCUGCUUACGGCCACUUGAGCUCAUUCGAUGGGUCGCAGCAUAGUCAGUCCUUGCAGAUUGUGCCACAGCAGAAUAAAGGAUCUUUGAAGGUGUUGCUCUUACACGGGAAUUUAGAUAUUUGGGUUUACCAUGCGGAAAAUCUUCCGAAUAUGGACAUGUUCCAUAGAACUUUGGGGGAUGUUUUUACGAAAUUUCCAGGGAAUGCAAACAAUGAAGUUGAAGUCCACACGGAUAAUAAGAUCACCAGUGAUCCAUAUGUUUCACUAUCAGUAUCGAAUGCUGUAAUUGGCAGGACUUUUGUGAUUAGUAAUAGCGAAAAUCCUGUUUGGAAGCAACAUUUCUAUGCUCCUGUCGCACAUUGCGCCGCUGAAGUGCAUUUUGUGGUUAAAGAUAGUGAUGUGGUGGGGUCACAGCUUAUGGGAGUCGUGGCAAUUCCCGUGGAACAGAUAUAUUCGGGGGUAAAGGUUGAAGGAACCUUCCCAAUCUUGAAUGGUAGCGGGAAGCCUUGUAAUCCCGGAGCAGCCUUGAAGCUUUCGAUUCAGUACACUCCAAUUGAAAAAUUGAGCAUUUAUCAUCAAGGAGUGGGGGCAGGCCCUGAUUAUCACGGAGUUCCUGGAACAUACUUUCCUCUCAGGAAAAGUGGAACGGUAACGCUUUAUCAAGAUGCCCAUGUUCCAGAUGGAUCCCUUCCAAACCUGAAGCUCGAUGGAGGGAUGCACUUUGUGCAUGGAAAGUGCUGGCAUGACAUUUUUUAUGCAAUACGCCAGGCCCGUCGUUUGAUUUACAUUACAGGUUGGUCUGUGUGGCACAAAGUUAAACUGAUUCGGGAUGCUGAUCAAGCUUCAAAUUUCACGCUGGGAGAUCUUCUGAAGUCCAAGUCCCAGGAAGGAGUAAGAGUGUUGCUUCUUAUCUGGGAUGAUCCGACCUCGAGGAACAUUUUGGGUUAUAAAGCAGAUGGAAUCAUGCAAACCCAUGAUGAGGAAACUCGUCGUUUCUUUAAGAACUCUUCUGUGCAAGUGCUUCUUUGUCCCCGCAUUGCUGGAAAGCGACAUAGUUGGAUCAAGCAAAGAGAAGUCGAAACAAUCUAUACACACCAUCAAAAAACUGUAAUUGUGGAUUCCGAUGCUGGCAACAAUAGAAGGAAGAUAAUAGCUUUUGUUGGAGGACUUGAUUUAUGUGAUGGCCGAUAUGAUACUCCACAGCAUCCAAUAUUUCGAACUCUCCAAACAGUGCAUAAGGAAGACUAUCACAACCCUACUUACACGGGUAAUGUUGAUGGUUGUCCACGAGAGCCAUGGCAUGAUUUGCACUCUAGAAUUGAUGGUCCAGCGGCAUAUGACGUUCUGACCAACUUCGAGGAACGCUGGUUAAAGGCUGCAAAACCUCAUGGGAUUAAAAAACUCAAAAUGUCAUAUGAUGAUGCCUUGCUCAGGUUAGAAAGAAUUCCAGACAUUGUUGGACUGUCUAAUGUUCCUUGCACUAGUGAGAAUGAUCCAGAAGCUUGGCAUGUUCAGAUUUUUCGUUCCAUUGAUUCCAAUUCUGUUAGUGGCUUCCCAAAGGAUCCAAAAGAAGCCCCAGCCAAGAACCUGGUGUGUGGGAAGAAUGUGCUGAUUGACAUGAGCAUACACACGGCAUAUGUUAAGGCCAUUCGUGCUGCGCAGCAUUUCAUUUAUAUAGAGAAUCAGUAUUUCAUUGGAUCUUCGUACAAUUGGAGUUCAAAUAAAGAUGUAGGUGCUAACAAUUUGAUCCCAAUGGAAAUUGCCCUUAAGAUUGCCGAUAAAAUUAGAGCAAAUGAGAGAUUUUCCGUAUAUAUAGUUAUCCCAAUGUGGCCAGAAGGUGUUCCUACUGGUGCUGCUACUCAAAGAAUUCUAUUUUGGCAGAACAAAACAAUGCAAAUGAUGUAUGAGACUAUCUACAAGGCUUUGGAGGAGGCUGGGCUUGAGGGCGCAUUUUCACCACAAGACUAUCUGAACUUCUUUUGUCUUGGCAAUCGUGAGGCCAUAGACGGUUAUGACACCACUUCCUCUGGGGGUCAUACUGCAGCUAGCUCUCCUCAGGCACUGAGCAAAAAAAGUCGACGAUUUAUGAUUUAUGUUCAUUCAAAGGGCAUGAUAGUCGAUGAUGAAUAUGUAAUAUUGGGUUCUGCAAACAUCAACCAGCGCUCCAUGGAGGGCACAAGGGACACUGAGAUUGCAAUGGGAGCAUAUCAACCUCAUCAUACUUGGGCAAGAAAAGCUUCUAAUCCGCUCGGACAGAUUUAUGGAUACAGGAUGUCAUUAUGGGCGGAGCAUACUGGAGGUAUUGAGGACUGCUUCACACAACCAGAGUCUCUGGAAUGCGUUAGAAAAGUUAGAUCACUGGGAGAGAUGAACUGGAAACAAUUUGCUGCUGAUGAGGUGACGGAGAUGAGGGGCCACCUAUUGAAGUACCCAGUUGAAGUUGAUCAUAAGGGCAAGGUGAGGCCCCUUCCCGGAUGUGAAACUUUCCCAGAUGUUGGAGGAAGUAUUGUGGGUUCCUUUCUUGCCAUUCAGGAGAAUUUAACCAUCUGAGCAGAUUGCAUCCUCCUACUACUUGCUACAAAAUAUUGAUGAGAAUGAAAACUAAAGAGUAGGAGCAAGUAGAAUCUUGACAUGUAUUUGUCCUCUGUUUGAAACCCAUGAUGAUAUGUGGUAUUUUUUCUUGCAUCUCUCUCACCUCAUCUUGUGUUAGUAUACUGUUCAGAGCACCUUGACAGUGUGUUUCCAAAGAAGAAGAAGAAGCAGCAGCUCGUGUUUUAA